AUGGGUCGCCAGUCGUCCAAGCGCAAGAAGCACUACACAGUCCGCGCCGCGGUCAGCUCAAGCAAAGUCAAGCACCGCACCGCUCGCAAUCUGCGCAAGGUCUCGGUGCUCCACCCGGAUGUGCAGGCCGCGUGGGACAAGAACAAGACACUCAAGGAAAACUUUGCAUCGCUUGGCCUGGUUGUCGACCCGAACGCGACGUUGCAGCUGCGCGCUGAAGCCAACCUUGCUGCCAGCCGGGGAUUGCUGAGCAACGGCGACGCGCCUGGAUCGGUCGACUUGCUAGCGCUCGAUGCUCAAGCCGCUGCCGAUGCUGCAGAAGCAGCUGCCGGCACUCCCAAAGUUAGCGAAGCUGUGUCAGUUGAUGGAGCACUCGAAGCAAAGGCAGCCAAGACUGCAUCAGCUCAGGUUCAUCAGCCCCCAGGCGUCCAAGAGUUUGUGCGAGCUUUGAUGGAGCGACAUGGCACCAACUACAAGGCCAUGGCUCGUGACAAGGAGCUCAACUAUUUGCAACACACUGCCAACCAAAUCCGACGGAAAUGCACCCUGUACCGACGACUGCAAGGGGAAUCUGUUGACAGCGAUGACGAUGACGAGUGA